AUGUCCGCGAUGGAGCAGGCAACUGCACGGGCAGGUUCACCUUCGACGGUGGCCUCAAGCAGCCAUGCUGAAUACUGCCGUGCGCUGCACGACUUCUCGCCACAACAGCCGUCGACUUGUCUCGCCUUCUCCAAAGGCGAGGUGAUCCGCAUCUUCGGCAAGGACCAGUCCGGUUGGUGGGACGGCGAGCUCAGAGGCACACGCGGCUGGUUCCCAAGCAACUAUGUUCAAGUUCAAAUCGCCCCCAAUACGAUUUCGUCCACGGUAGUCGCAUCGCCUGCCACUGUCGACCGGCGCGUGAGUCUCUCGAUCCUUGCCCAGCCAUCACCAGCCAUCGCCGUGCGCGCUGUGACCUCGUGUGGACAUGGGCUCGAACUUGGAGCGACACCGACAGCGCACGUCGCCAAGUUCGCAAAACAAUGUGCUUACCUUUGUUGUCUCCUACAGACCACGCCCAAACUCCCACCAAAGGAAGAACAGUCUGUCGCCGAUGGGUCGCGCUCAAAUUCCUCGGUAGCAUUGGGCCACCGGGACACCGGCUCCCGCGAAAGUCUCGGCCCCCGCGGCUUUGCGACGACCGCGUUCCCUGAGCGGGGGAGCACGAUCGAUACGGUCGCGACAACCGAGCCGAUAGCAGGUCCUACAACAAGCACCUCUCAGAAACUGGAACAACGCGCGACCGCAUUUGAACGCGAAUCUCAAGCGCUCGUCGCAGAAUUGCAGCAUGCGGUCACCCUGGUGCAAGCUGCUGUCAACGCUCAGAGAGUGCCUCACUACCAACCGACGACAGCAUGGUGAGCUGGCCUUGAGUCAGGUGUUUUGAUUGUCUCGUCCCUCAGACUUUUCUGACACGUAUGAUAUGUAUGCAUGUCACUCCCAGUGUGAUUUCAUCUGUGCGCACCGUGCUUGCCUCGUCCGACUGCCUCACGCGCGAGUCGCCUUUCUUGAAACGCUCGUCGGCCCUCGCUACGUGCCGCAAGAAGAUCCUGGCCUCCCUGGCCAGUCUUGUCAACCAAUCUCGCAGGGCCUCGUCGCCCUCUACAACAAUCGAACAGUCGUCCCUUGACGCGCAGGUCAUGCUCGACGUGGCUCGGCAGGUCGCCGAGCAGGUCGACAACUUCCUCGAUGAGGCGAGAGUGCAGGGAUUGCCCCUGAUUCCUACCGAACGCCUGGUCGACGAUCGUAGAGGCUCCCCGCAUAUGAUUACGCCACCCCUGAGCGCUUCGAACCCCCUCGAAGCCCCUCCGAUGAGGGUAACCAAGUCGGCGCCGCUGUCGACACUGCGCAUCGCGAGAAGCAAUGGAGAUCUGAAGGCACACAGAGCGGUGCAACCGCCGACUCCCUUACAACUCUCGCCCAUCAAGGACUUUCCAUCCGCAGGACAGUCAUUCUUGAACAUCGAAACGAGUCCGACAGAUUUGGACGUACAAUCACCCAGCUCGACGGUCCAGGUAGUCCACAACGCCAACGAGCUGGCAUCCAUCUUAUCCAAGAUCCACGAUAUACUCCUCUCGACAAUCGCCGCGUUCAUUGGGCACGUCCAUGCGCACAGUCGAUCUGCACCUGCCGCUAGCUUCGCUCGCCUGAUCGACAUGACCCGCGAGAUCAUUGAGCACAUCCGAUCCAUCUUGCUCAUCGUCGAAGCUGUCACCCAGCACCCGACUCUCUUGACCGUCAAAUUGGACCAGUCCUUCGCUUCAUCGAAUGGGCUGAAAGCCGAAGUUGACAAUUUGGCCGCAUGUCGAGAUCGGCUAUAUGUUGCCACGACCGCAUUGGUCACUGCUGCUCGAGUCGCCUCUUCGGCUCCCGCCAAAGCCACAUCCGCGAAGAUUUUGGCGAUCUCCCGAGAGGACGAGGAGCGAAAAGAUUUAUUGCAAGCUGCCACGGCCGUGCUGCGCGCGGGAGGUGACACCGUAAGCGCGGUCAGACUUUGCGUUGGAUACGCCGGAGAGCCAAAUUUCACUCUCCUAAUCGGAAAUCCACCGCCGACCUCGCCAACCGCCCUUUCCAGCCCGACCACUCUGACUCCGCCCACAGGCCCUGGUGACGGAGCAACCCGACGGCCGGAAGUCGUUGGUCGUAGAGGGCCGCACACGCUCAGCAUGCUGGGACGAAAGGCGACAAGUUUGAGCUGCUUGAGGGAGCAAUACGACUCACGAACUGUGACCGGAACUUUGGAGAGAUUCUCGGUGGAAGAAGAGGAUGAGACAGUGGCAUAUGGGCGUGAUGGCGAGCACGUAGAAGCCCGUGUUUCGGGGCUCACGGUUGGUGGUAUUGCUCGGGGGCGGGCAAGGAAGGAGAGUGCUUCUUCGGGCGAUGAGACUGUCACCUCAAAGGAUCUCGUAGGCCCCCGGGGUCCACAACAAGCCGGUGAAACCUACUUGGCAGCCGCUGGAAUGGGGGCAGGGAGUCCGCCCAUGGUUCGCGGCGACUCGAGUCGCACUUCCAAGUCGGGCGCGUCUUCGAGGUCCGGAGUCUCCACCGUCUCGACAAACGACAGCUCGCCUCGAUCCUCGACUAGCACCGCACACACUGAACCCUCUUCCACCUUGGCCAAGGCUGGAGCCUCGAUCGAAUCCUUCGCCCCAAUGUCGCUGGGCCUGGGCGGUAGCAGCCGGAUCUCCGUCCAUAGCUCCUCGGGAAAGUCGAGCUCGGACCAGUCGACAACCCUAUGGUUCCUCGAGCGAAACUACGAGGCGCGCGAAAUCUCUUUUAACGCCGAUGGUCGCGUCACAGGCGGUACCUUGCGCUGCCUUGUCGAGCGAAUGACCUUGCAUGACACAACUAUCGAUCCGCUGUUUUCAAACACGUUCUUUCUCACCUUCCGCAUGUUUACUUCGCCACCUCAGCUUGUUCAAGCCUUGUUCGCGCGGUUCGACAUCGUCGCCCCCCAGGGUCUCGACGAGACCCAGCUCAAGUUGUGGAACUCGAAGAAGCUCAUUCCUGUCCGGCUGCGUGUCUACAAUUUCCUGAAGACGUGGGUCGAGUUGUACUGGAAAGCCGACCAAGAUCUCAUUGUCUUGGAGCCGUUGCGACUCUUCUGUCAGACGCGCUUAGCCAAAGCCAUGUCCAACCCGUCGGCCCGGCUGAUGGAGCUGCUCAACAAACGAGAGCGGGGGACGGAUGUUGUGCGUUCGAGUACGCCCGGAGGAGUUGGGCCCUUGCCUCAACAAGCGCUCGCGGGCGCCCCUUCGCCCAUCGUGAAUAAGUCGCUAUUGAACUCUAUCAAGUUUAUGGCUGUGAACGCGCAAACCUUUUCGAUUGUUGAUGUCGAUCCGCUGGAGUUGACGAGGCAGAUAACCAUCCUCGAGUCGCGGGUUUACUCCUGCAUUGGAGUAGAGGAGCUCCUGAGUGGCGACUUCGCCAAGCCCGACGGCUUUAUUCGACAAAUGUCGACGAUGAGCACCAAAUUGACGGGAUGGAUCACGGAAACGAUUGUCAACGAAAGCGAAUCCAAGAAACGUACGGCAUUGCUCAAAUAUUUCGUAAAGGUGGCAGAUGUGAGUUUUGAUAACGUACUUCGGUCAAUGCAGCCAAAGCGCAAACGAAGCAGCCACUGAUAGCCAAGCUGUCGUUUCCCCAGAGAUGCUUUCAAAUCAAGAACUACAACGCUCUUUUUGCGGUCUUGUGCGCGCUUAAUUCAUCGACCGUAGCACGUCUCCGGCGCACCUGGGAUGCGCUCGCCCCCAAGUAUCGCGUCCUGCUCGACCAAUUGCGGAAGGCAACGGACCACGGAAGGAACUAUGCAGAGUAUCGCGCUACCAUCCGACAGGCUGUACCUCCUUGCCUGCCAUUCGUGGGACUGUUCUUGUACGUGAACUCGGGCCAGCGGAUCCUUCAUCACUUCGCUUACGAGGACAGCUUUUUUGCCCCCCCCCCCCCAGGACCGACAUCACUAUGUGCUCCGAAGGAAAUCCACCUUUCCGACCUUCCCCUCUGGACUCAUCGCUUCGCUUGAUCAAUUUUGACCGCUUUCAAGUGAGUCCGAUUCCAGGUCGACCGCACUUUCGCCCGAGCUGAGGGCUGAUGCAUUGAGCUUGCUUCCACAGAAAAUGAGCAGAAUCGUGGGCGACCUGCAGCGGUUCCAAGUCCCUUACAAUUUUGUCAUGGUGCCCGAGCUGCAGACACUGCUUACCCGGGCACUGAAUGACCUCACGCACGGUGGCGACGCCGCCAGUUUGUGUGAGUUUGUGCACCCCUCGGACCUGCCACCAAGUAAUCACUGGCUGAACUUCAGCGCUUUUGGUGUUCACAGACCGACAAUCCCUUCUCGUCGAGCCCCGGGAUGUUCAAUGUUCCGCCUCUUCAGCCAUAUCCGGCAGCAGCCUGAGCAAGGGUUCUGAUCUGUUCAACUGGAAAUGA